UACAGCGGGUGUGGGGCGCAGCGGCGGCGGCGGCUGCAGCAGCCUCUGAUGGGGCUGUAGAUGCCCCUCUCGGGGCAGGGACCAGCUGGGCUGUUCACGCCGUGCCUGCUGCCCCGGGGCUCUGAGUGCAGAAGCCUGUGCCAGGGCCUGAAGUAGACUGGAUGGGCCUGGGUGCCUGAGAAGACAAGGAAGAGCCCCUGCGACUCGCCGUGCUUUUGACACAUCUGCAGCUUGGUGGCUCCAGGCCCGAAGGAAGAACUGUGCCCAGCACAGCAGAUUCUGUGACUUCAGUUCACAGCCUCACACCAAGGGCAGCAGCAAACAAAGGACUGCGAUUAGACACCAGCUGACCAACGCCUUGACCUUAGAAAAGCCACACAGCUUCUCCAGACCUGUUAUCUUACAGGAAACAGUGUUUCCCGGAGUAUCAGAGAACUGGAAACAGUCCUAUUUGGGGGCCAUGCAUCUCUGUGGUGGUAUCUGAAAAAGCUAGCCCAGUAUGCUCCCAGGAAAUAGCCACGUGUCUUCCAGGGAGCGUGUGUUGAAGGCUGCCUCCAAAGGAGUCUAGCAUGUGGAGUCUUCCCGGGUCCCAAUGGACUCUGUGUAGAAAUGCAACUAAAGCAAGAAGAUGAAGGAUAUCGGACAGCCCUUGUUCAGUUCACAAGUAAAUGAUGGACAUAAUUCUUUGACCAUGUCUCCCAGACAACCUAAUGCGCAUAGGGCCACUCGGCCAGACAGACAGGAAGCCCAGAUCCCUCUGUAUCAGGGCUCGGAGGCCGAGGCCGCCGUCACGACCUCCGCCACGUGUGUCAAGUGCAGGCGUGUUCACCAGCUCCCUCUGCAGGAUCUGAAGAAGGGGCCCGGGCAGAGCCCCGAGGAGGACACAUACGUGUGCUUCCAGUGCAGCCUCGGGGUGGCUCCCCCCGCCUUUCCUUUCGGGAACAGCAACCCCAGCGCUCCUCACCUAGCAAGUAACGCCGAACCCAUCGCCAGUCCUGGCAGCAACAAAUUCAAGGUAAGAAACUUCAAGCCAGGCAAAUACUACUGUGACAAGUGCCGCUUUUCCACCAAGGACCCGCUGCAGUACCGGAAGCACACGCUCCAGCAUGAGGAGAUCAAGUUCCUGUGUUCUCACUGCAGCCACGUAUCCUACACGAAGGGGGAGUUCCAGAGGCACCUGGUGAAACACACGGGCAUAUUCCCGUACCGAUGCGAGUAUUGCGACUACGGGGCCAUUAGAAAUGACUAUAUCGUCAAGCACCGGAAGAGAGUUCACGAGAAGUGUGGCGGGAAACGGCCACCCAAAAUUGUUGCCAAGCUGGAGCCCAGAAGGCCCAGCACGUCAAAACAACACGCGGAGCCUCUCAAAGCCUCCGAUCCAGGCACCACACUGCCAAGUAAGUUGCCGGAUCAACUGGCAAGGUUCUCCCUCCAGACAAGCAAAGACAAGGUGCGCAGCAUCACGCUGGUACCUGAAUCCAUGGAGUACCAAAAAGACGUGGUGUGCAUUCCAAAUAAAGGGCCCCUGUCGGAGCCAAGUGAAGGCAGUGCGUUGGAGAACAGAAGCGUGGAGGUGGAGGUGCUGUCCCCGGCCACGGAGCCCGUUCAGCCCGGGAUGCCGCUGACCGUGUUGGCCCCGGCAGAGCUCGUGGUCCCCGCAAACUGUUUAGCCCAGCUGAUGGACGUGAAGGUCGUCAAUGGAACGCAGCAGCUUGUUCUGAAACUGUUUCCUCUGGAAGAGAACAGUAGCCCAGAAGCUGGUGGGGGCGACAGGGCUCAUUCUGAGCAUAGGACUAAAGAAAAGAGUUCAGCUGAACAAGGAAAAAUGGUUCCUGCAGAACCAGCCAAGUCACGAAUGCCCGAAGGCCGCGUUGGAGAGCUCAGAGGCCUUGAUCACCUUCCGUCGGUUCAGAAACAAGUUAAAAAUUUGAAGUGGGUACGGUCUUACGAUUUGUUCAUGUCAAAUUCUAGUGUGUACACCCGUGGAGAAUCCCUUCUCAAGUCUGCUAGAGUUGAGGAUUUGCAGACAAAAGGUCAUAUGUACCCACAUAAAGCUGCUCUCCCUCCCGUUGCCUUAAAAGGUCACAAGCCGUCAUCUGUAGCGAACAGUGGUGUUUUACGUGGUCUUGGCACUGCACCAAAUCCUUUUCCAUAUAAAGCUGCUCUUUCUUUUACUGAAGAUGGGAGGCGUUUGCACAGCGACCCCCAGCAGUUUCUUCCUCUCGCCGCCUCGCCUCCAGCCAUCUCCUUCUCUGGAGAAAGGGGCUUUUUGCCCGAGAGUAAAAAUGACUUGGAAUCCAGAAGUGAGAUCGGCAUUCCUGUAAGAAUGGUUCCCUCUACUGGGAAGCUGCAAGACAGCCAGGCAGAGGAGUACAAGGCAGCGUCAAACACAGGCCCGAUUUCCUGCCGUGGUAAGAGUGAGUAUUUACACAUAAACAUAGCAGGAGAAGACAGACUCAGAUCGCAACAGCCUGGGGAUAAACCUUUGGAACUAAAGAAUUCUGAAAGGGCUAAUAACUCUUUCGAUGGCCCAGUCAUCUCAUCGGUAUUUUCUCUGAGCUCUGGAUCUGAAGACGUCCCUGAGGGCGUUAAGUGGAAUAGCUCAACGUCCAAAAUAAAGUCAAUUGAACUCUUGCGCAGAAAGAUUGCUCAGUUAAUUGAAUCCUGUGGCAAGCCCUCAUCUCUGGCUGCAAAUAAUGCACACCGCCGUCCUAUGGGGCAGGCAUCAAGGGUAACGUCGAAGGCUACCCCUGAAGGUGUUCGAGAAAUUAAUGUAUCAUUUACUGGCACUGGCUAUUCCACAUGUACUCUUUCAAAACCUCAGGAUGAUGGUGGUAUUCGUGGACAGCUUACUCGCCAGCAAGUGUAUCCACAGUUUGUAGAAGGCAGCAAAGGGAAAACCGAAAGCCAAGUAAGCAGGAAGGCUCAUGUUGCUACACCAGUGUUGAUCCCCAAAGGGGCAGUGUUGAGGGUCCUUAAUUCCUCCAAGGAUGCCCACAUUAUAGAGGCUACAUGUGAAGCCCCCGUCAACCUCCCUUAUAGUGAGACACAAUUAAAACCUGUUCCGUUCUGUCCAGUGAAGCAGACAGACCCAAACGUACAGUCUCCGACAAGUGAAAGUAGGCCAACAGACAUGUCCCAUCACCUCGACACAUCUCUUCGGCCUAAACCAAGAAAAGAGAGUGCUGUUUGUAGCACCAUCCCCAGAAAAACUGGCCCCCUGCAUGGUCAGCAAGGAAGCAGUGAAUUGAGUAAGCAAGGGAAAGUGCUCUCCAGAAGCCUCCCCAUAAAUAAAAAUAAAACCAAGCAAGUGAAUUCAUCCAAGAAGAAAAGCAAAAUUCAGGCUGAUCCCAGCCGCUGCCUCAAGGAUCCUUCAAUUUUUCAGGUUGCAAGACAGCUUCGACUGAUAGCAGCUAAACCGGACCAGCUGAUUAAGUGCCCCCGUCGGAACCAGCCGGUCAUUGUGUUAAACCAUCCUGAUGUUGACUCGCCAGAAGUGACCAAUGUGAUGAAGGUAAUAAACAAGUACAAAGGCAAUGUCCUCAAAGUUGUCUUAUCAGAGAGGACCAGGUGUCAGUUAGGCAUCAGGCGGCAUCAUGUUCGGCUGACCUACCAAAACAUGGAGGAAGCCAAUCAGAUAAAAAGGCAAAUGAUGUUGAAAAUGAAACUUAAAAAAGUUCAUAAAAACAACUACCAGGUGGUGGACUCCUUGCCUGAUGAUUCACAGUGUACAUUUAAGUGCUGGUUUUGUGGACGGCUGUAUGAAGACCAGGAAGAGUGGAUGAGUCACGGCCAGCGGCAUUUGAUAGAAGCAACCAGAGAUUGGGAUGUUCUUUCUUCUAAGGGCAAAUAAGUGAAAAUCUGGCGUUUGAAACAAAUUGUUUUACUUACUUUUAGUUCAUUCUGGUUAGUGUUGGAUUUGUCUUUGUUUUCUUUUUUCCCAUCCCUGACCCAGUAGGAGAAAUCCAGAUUGUGGCAGUGGGUCGUUAGUUCCUCAGAUCCCUUGUAGGAAUGUUGAGACCAGGAGUCUGGUUUAACCUGAUAUGUGACUAGAACUUGGAAGGGAUUCGAAGCCCCUGAAAGAGUACGCACAAACGUAUGUACAUGCAUUUUUCUAGACAGAAGUGAAACUGUCAGAUUUUCAGUGGGAUCUGAGACUUUUCUGUUUAGCACCUCAUUUUCUGAGUAGAUGCAGAUCUCUCGUAAUCCAUUCAAGGGGUGAGGUUAGUGUUUUAUACAUGCUCGUUUAACAAGUGCUACUGAUGAAUUAAACCCGUGUUUGGUGUGCCCAUCCACUUUUUCUUUGCAUUAACUCGUUUCCUGGAGAUUUGAUACAUAACGGAAAUAUUUUCUACUGCUACCUUUAAUUUGGGUGCAGGAAAGUGGCCAUUCCUUUCAACCCCUCAGCCCCUCCACAGUCCUCGUCAGUGUUCUUUGUAGCACAGAGAACUGUGCUUUUUGGGCUGUUCGGAAGAAUGUAAGGAUUUGCCUAAAUCUGCCACUUCCACAGUGGGUGUUAGGGAAAGAAGAAAACAUUUUUAAACUUUUGUGUUCUUUUUUGAAUAUCUCGAUUUAUGAAAACUGGGGAGGGAAUGUGCCUUUUUGCAAAAUAAAAAAGAAAUGGUCACAGAGGGAAAAUAUCUCAGAUUAAGUCUCUUGUUUGUCCUCACCCCUCUCACAAACAAAGUAACCAGUGAACAAAGUGAAUGAACAGGCUUCUUAAAGCAUAGGUAAAACCUGGGACGGUAGGACGGUAAUGCCAGGUCAGAGUGUCACGACAGGUGUGACCAACGUGACUGAGUUUUCUUUGGAAACUCACCCACAGACGGGGGUGGAGGCUGCACUCUCCAUCACUCACGGCUCAGACACUGCCUCCCCACCCCCCAGCGUGACAGCCUACUCUCCUUUGCCACCUCCGAACAGGCCCUCCUGUGCAAUAAGAUAACUCCCCACUCACGCUCUGUCCCUUUCCUUUGUGCCUUUGAGGGCCCUUAAAGUUUCCCCUGUGCAAAUGAGCAGGAAGGAACAAAACGGAAAUGUCCCACCAUCUGAAGGUUAUAGGAACACUAACCCGGGUUUUCAUUGACAAGAACAAUCUGCUUCUAAUUGAUCUGAGCCCCAGUCCUGCAUUCCCUAGUGCUCAUUUUCCUAGGAAGCAGCGCCGAGCACAUUCCUGUCCCCCCUCUGCCAUCAGAGUCAGGACGUGCUGAGCUGUGUUGGUGUCCUGGAUGCAGCUGGGGAAUGUUAGUGAGAAAGACCUGAGUCAGAUUUCUGUUGUGUUGGGUAAUCAGAGACUUGGUAUUUCUUUUACCCCCACAUGGCUAAGUCUUAGAUGAUCUUCUGAUAGGUGGGGUCGCAAUUCUUCUUUGUAGUUGUUUCUCAUUACAGGUGGUGAACAUGUCAUGUG